AUGAGUUAUUCCAAACCGGAUAAAAAGGGGUUUUCAGAUGUAGAACUCCCAUCCAACCCAAAUCUACCCAGCUGGUUGAUAACGCCAAAAGAAGAAAAAGCAAUCUUUGAACGAUGGAGGAAAAAAGCCUUUGCCAACUGCGAUGAAUUGAUCAAACGAUAUAUUGAAUGCUCCAACAGUUACAAAAACCCGGUGGAAGCUGUUCAAAAAUGCAAGCAGACCAACUCGGACAGCUUGAAAUGCGUUGAACAGUAUCAGACUAGAGAGUACUUGGAAGCUGAAAGAGAUUUGUACAUCAAGGAGAAACAACAAAAGAAGAAGCUCUACAAGUUGAAACUACAACAGUUGGAAGAUGAAAAGAGCAAAAACAAACCGGCAAGUGAAGCAUAA